AUGGCUGCCACCAUUGGCAGGUUAAAGCGCCUUUGUCUUAGCCGCUCAAACCCCGCCCGCCGAUCCAUGAUGCUGCCCUUGUUGAACCACACAUCCACCUCGAGCUCCAAGCUCACGCUGUCACACUACACCCCCGUCCGCCCGGCCCGGGCCGGGGCCCGGGCCCGGGGCCGCCCCGCUCCCGACGCGGACGGCGCGCCACAGAAUUCCUCUUCCCCCGACGGCCGCAGCGUGCUGGUCGCGCUGCCCCAGCACGUCGACGCGUUGCGGCGGCGCUACACGCGCACGCGCAGCAGCGCGCACAACCCCGCCGCCGCCGCCGCCGUCGAUCCGCCCGUGCAGAUCGAGGCGCAGGUGGUGCAGCACGGGUCGGACGAGCACCGGGCGCUGCUGCGGCAGGCGCGCGCGCACCACGCGACGCGGCGCGAGGCGCUGCGCGCCCGCCUCGGCGCCGAGGUCGUCGACGAGCUCGAGGCCGCGCGCGCGCAACUCGAUGUGCUGGAUAAGCAGCUGAGGGAGCUGGAGGAGCAGGUGGCGGAGGAGGGGGGUGUCGGCAGGUUGAAUCUGAAUUUUAGCAAGUUUGGGUUUGAUACCAAGUUGAGGACAUACGUGGAUGAGGCUGCGGCGGGGGAGGAAGGGGAGGCCGGCGGCGGCGGCGGCGGCGUGGCGUCGUCUGCGGCGAGCAGUUACAGCGUGGGCAAGGCGGGUGCGGCGGGUGCGAUGAAGCUGGUGAAGCGGCCGGUUAUCAGGCAGUACUUCCACCGGGGGCUGCUGUGGCGCUCCGCUGAAGAGACCGAGGUGCUCAGCUUCGAGUUGUUCUUCGAUUUGCUUUACGUCGGCAUCAUUGCCAUCAACGGUGACCACGCGGCCGAGGAGGCCGAUGGCCACGAGCUGCUGCGCUUCGUUGUCACUUUCGCCAUGAGCUGGCGGAUAUGGGCCGAUGUCCAGCAGAUCAUCAGCUGGUUUGAGACGGAUGACAUCCUACAGAGGCUUGAAAUCCUGUUUCUGAUCGCAUGCCUUCUGGGACAAACGACGAAUAUGUUGCAGGCAUUUGGGAACGGCCAAGAUUCUUUCACCAAUCUGGUCGCCUUCUACCUGGCCGCGCGGCUGUUCAUAGCCAUCUAA